UUGCUAGGGAGAUUGUUUGACACCAGCCAGGGAGAAAGUAAAUAGUAGCAGAGGCACCUGUCACUUUUUUACCGAAAGAGAGAUUUCAGUAAAGACGCUUGAAUUGCUAAACGUUUCAUAGCAGCAACUUUAUGUUGCGUCAGAAGAGGUUUAUAGGCGUGUGUUAGCGGUAGCUUGGUGGUGAAUCGGUGAGUAGCCACCGAUUGGAAGGACAAAGAUAGGCGCAGCUGUGUUGGAGGAGGGAGGGAGGGACCCCGGCGGCCACCCAGCCUUACUGUUGGUGGGUGUCAGAGCCAGUCGAGCCAGCUUUCUGCUCUCCCUCAUUCACCUUCAGCAGUAGCCAGCAGGAGUAGUUUCCCUGUCAAGGGUGGGGUGAUGCCUGGAGCUCUGUGUUCAUCUUAUCUGCUCUGCCGAAUGUCUUAAAAUGAAAAGAGACAGCGUGGUGCGAUCCGACAUCAGUCCUGCUCUGUUAGGAUGAAGUGGUUAGCACGUCCUGCGCUUUCUUUCUCCUUCCAUAACCUAUUUAAAGCAAAUGUGAAUAGGAAUGGGGAGAUAACUCUUUGAAGAACCUUCACAGAGAAGUGGACCCCUUACUUUGGAUCUUGAACCCGCAUAAAUUAGCUUUCAAGGCUCUUUUCCCUCUUCAACCACUUUUAUGUUCUCGUAUCUGUUUCCAUCCUUUAGUUUUAGUAGCAGAGAGUCAUUGAUUACGAGUAGUCGCCCCCGUUUUUGUUUUACUUUUUUACUUUCAUUUUUUUGUUCCUUUGUAAAGAAAUGCUUUACCUGAAAAAGUACUUCACAGAGGGCCUGAUUCAGUUCACCAUCCUUCUGAGUCUCAUCGGGGUGCGGGUGGACGUUGACACAUAUCUAAGCAAUCAGUUGCCCCCGUUGAGAGAGAUAAUCCUGGGGCCCAGCUCAGCCUACACCCAGACCCAGUUCCACAACCUGCGCAACACGCUGGACGGCUAUGGGAUCCAUCCAAAGAGCGUGGACCUCGACCAGUUCUUCACCACCAGGCGGCUGCUGAACGAAGUGCGCCAGCUGGAUCGCCUCUCCGUGCCCAGUACCGAGCUCAACACCUGGCUAGUGCAUCGCGACUCAGAGACGGUGGUGUCUGCAGGCAGUCAGUCCAACCCCGGCAUAACCCUGGACAAUGGGGCCAGCCUAGAGGACAUUAACAACAUUGAAGCUACCCCGGCCAUGAGGGGAGGAGGCGGAGCGCCUGAAUCCACUUACGACCUGAACGCAGCGGACAGCAGCCUGGGAGCGGUGGCCCCAGAGGGAAACCAGGAGCAGAGCAGCAGGGGCGGCAAUGACGACCUCACCAAAGAGGACAUCGACUUGAUUGACAUCCUAUGGAGACAGGACAUCGACCUCGGUGCAGGAAGGGAAGUCUUCAGCUACAGCAAUCGGCAGAAGGACACAGAGGAGGAGAAGCCCAAUACACAGCACAGCAAAGAUGUCAGUGAGGAGCAGGAGAGCUGGAGGAAUGGGAUAAACUUACAGGGUUCUCAGCUGGUGGAUGGAGAGACUGGGGAGAGCAUUCCUGAGCAGCUGCCAGUUCUUGGCUCACAGACUUCACUGUCACUGCAGGAGUGCUUGAGGCUGCUGGAGGCCACGUUCCCUUUUGGAGAAGAAGCUGAGUUCCCAGUCCCAGUCAGUAACCAAGAGGUGUCAGCCCCCAAUGAAGAAGUUCCCUCCACAUCCCAGGGCCUCCCUCUGGCUCCUCAGCUCCCUGCUGCAGAGCCACAGCUGGACCUGGAGCAGCAGUGGCAGGACAUAAUGGCAAUCAUGGAGCUGCAGGCGAUGGAGGUGAACAACACUUCAGUCCAAAUAGUCUCUAACACUGGAAGUGCCAGAAACAGGACGGCAGAACCGAACCCUGCUGGAAACUUUGGCCUCUCUGACCGUCCCACGCCCAUAAACCAGGAUGUCAGCCUUCAUCAGGCCUCGCUGCCCAGCUGCAGCCAAGACUUCCCGCAGAUUUUCGGCCCCCAGCUGGAAUCUGUCAGCGUCGCCCCUAGGACCAGUUUGCUCAGACUGUCCUCCAGCAACUCCACCAACAUCAACUCCACAUUCGGAGCAACUAACCUGACCGGGGUCUUUCUGUCACCCGUCAACAGUUCCAGUAACAACAUCACGGCUACGCCAAACCUGCCUGAUCCCUUCACCACCCUGUUGGAGGAGUCCAUGCUGGAUGAAAUCAGCCUGCUGGACCUGGCCAUGGAGGAGGGCUUCAGCCAGGCCCAGGCCUCCCAGCUGGAGGACGAGCUCGACUCGGAUUCCGGACUCUCCCUGGACUCCAGCCACAGCCCGGCCUCCCCGAGCAGCUCCGAGACGUCCUGCUCGUCUGCAGCCUCUUCCUCCUCCACCUCUGCCAACUUCUCAGAGGAGGGAGCGGUGGGGUACAGCACUGACUCUGAGGUGGCUGCUGCAGAGACGGAGGAGGGAGCGGUGGGGGGUUAUCAGCCCGAGUACAGCAAGCUCUGCCGCAUGAGCUUCCAGGACCUUUCCCAGUUCCACGGCCUCCCGCAGCUCAACAGCAUCAACCACAAUCACACCUACAAUGUGCCGCUCUCCUCCGCCUUCUCCGAGCACCCAGAUCUGCCGCUUUCAGCUGGAAAGAAGAGCAGUCGUGACAAAAAGCUCCAGCCUUCUCAGGACCUGCUGGAUAAGCACGCGAGCCGCGACGAGCGCCGAGCUCGGGCCAUGAAGAUCCCCUUCUCCAAUGACAAGAUCAUCAACCUCCCGGUGGAAGAGUUCAACGAGCUCCUGGCCAAGCACCACCUGAGCGAAGCCCAGCUCGCCCUCAUCCGCGACAUCCGCAGGCGCGGCAAAAACAAAAUGGCCGCCCAGAACUGCCGCAAGCGCAAGCUGGAGACCAUCAUUAACCUGGAGCAGGGCGUCCAAAACCUGAGGCGCGACAAGGCCCGCCUGCUGAAAGAGAAGAUGGAGUUCAUCCGUUCCAUCCGGCAGCUGAAGCAGAAGAUGCAAAGCUUGUGCCAAGAGGUUUUCAGUCAGCUGCGGGACGAGGAGGGCCGGCCCUACCCACCCAGCGAGUACUGCCUGCAGUACGGCACCGACGGCAGCGUGCUGAUCACGCCCCGCGGCGGAACGGCCGCGCAGCAGGGCCGGAAACCUGAGAAAAAACAGAAGGACAAAAAAAAGUGAGCUCGCAAACGCCGCCGGUAAUUCUACCACUUUGCUAAAUCAGUCAGAUUUGUGCAGAUGCAAGAGAGAUGCCCUUUUUUCCUUUAAGAAGAUUCUGUUGAAGAGAAAUGGCAUUUACUCCUCCUGGGUUCGUUUCUCCCUUUUCAUUCUCUUCCUACGUUUUUUCUAGAAACAACUCUGAAGCAGAAAAGCUCUUGGCUCGAGUACUGGUGUUUCAUUAUUUAGACGAGACAAGGAGGGAUUUAACGGCCAAAAACUGAGCUACUAGAAAAAGAAAUAGCUGCUCUCGUUCCUUUUGCACCAAACCACUAAGGAUGGAGGUUUAUAAGGUAAAAGAAUGGACUGAUGUCGUCAUCGGUGGGUUCUACUGACUAUCAGAUCACAUCCCACCCUGGAGACCUUUAGGAACCUCUUUUAAGUUGUAGAUCUUAAGGCAAACAUCAGAACCUAAAGUUGUGAGAGACAAGAAACCAAAGGUUAAAGGAAGUACAUUGUUAAAGAAUCCCAUUAACACCUAUACUAACCAAAGGUUAUAGGGCGCUCCUGAUCGUUCAAGUCCAAAACGCUCAAACGCUGCACUCUUACCCUGUAGGUUUGUAGUCUUUCAGUCUGUUUCUUGGUGGCAUUUAAGCAUAGGAGGCCAUAAAACGGCAGGUUGGAUGUGUGGAAGGCUGCUGAUUGGAUAAGAAGUCGGAGGCCGAGUGUUAAGAGGGCUGGCCGCAAAGUCCUGCAGGAAGGAGCCGAGAGAUAUUUCUGGGAUGAGGCGCACUGCGUUGCAAAAUGUAUCGAGUUCCUUAUCAAUUAUACAUAGCACUGUAAGUUUUCCUUUUACCAGGUUUGCCUGUAUGCAUUUAGCCUUUUCUGUCGCUGAUCUCUUGCUGCAGGUUUGAAGAUGGGCGGGCUUCAUUUCAGAAAGGUUUAAUUUACUGGUUCUAAAGUGGAUGAGCAAAGUUAUAGCUCUUCAACGCCGCCUCGUAUGUUUUCAAAUGAGGAUUUCAACUUGCUGCAGUAAGCAGGGAGUCUAGCGGUUCACAUUUAUAGGUUCAUCUCAAAUUAAAAUAUCAAGAAGGACAUCAAAUUUCAACCAUUUAUUUGGUUUCAUUACGUACAGUUUCCUCUUAGAAACUACAAAGGUGUUUAAUGCAUAAAUGUUCUGUUAUGAUCUACACAAUCAUUUUUUAAAAGUGCUGUGUCCACAUGAGCGGAAAAUUUAGUGGCAGGAAAAACUACAAUGAACUAUUUGCACAGGUUACAGGAAGCGGAGGAUGGUGGACUUUUUAAAGGGUUUGAAAUGAACCUAUGAAUAAGUUUAACGCUUUGAUAUGAAUUCCUCAAGUAAGUCUUUUGAUGAUACUGUUCUUUAUGGGAUGUUCAUUGCUAGUUAGAGACUCCAUUUUAAGCAUUAAAACAAAUUGGGCUCCGUACAUCGUAUCCAUUUGAAUGAACUUAUUUACAGAUUGUACACAGCCACGAUGCACUAGAAGCAGAUCUUUAAACUGCUGUGAAGCCAAUUAGUUGUCUUUGACUCUCCACUUUCUCCAUUUGAUUGUUUUUUGUUUGUUUUUUCAAAAUAAGCCACGUUAUGCGAGGUAGAAGUGAAGCGGAUGUGAGCGACGGUGGGAGGCAUGAGGCCACUUAGAUUUGAAUGCCCUCUUUUAAAAAUCUCCUUAUCUCCCUUCGAAAGGGUUUUGGAGAACAGCAGGAAGGUUCUCGAAGUAGAAGUGCUAUUACCCGUCUGUUUGAAUGAAGUGUGUCAGUGAGCGUGUUGUGAAAAUAAAAAAAUAAAAAACGGGGGGGUUUGUUGCUACAGCUAAGAUAGCAAUUAGGUGCAAAUAUUUACAAGAGGCUGAAAAGAACUUGCAACAUUGGGAUGAUGUCCGAAUAAUAAAAAAAAAACAAUGGUUGAACAGGAGAGAUGUCUUUAUUAAAUGUAAUAUUAAGGCAUGAAUCUCUGGUUAACAUUCACUUUUAUGUAACCCAGUGCAACACCAACUAUUAAGUACUGCUACUACUUUAGUGCACUUUUUUUUGUCUGUCUUGUUCUGUAAAUAUUUUCCUGUUUUGUUUUCUGUAGUUUGUUCAACGUCUCCAUAAAAACCGCAUUCUCUGCUUUGAGUUUGCAUCGUAGUUCCCCGUUUUUGAAUGUUUGCUGGCAAUCAAGAAUUGUUUUUAUUGAUUAAUAAAGUGUUUUUAUUUUCACCUGUGACU